UUCCCAACUCGAUUGGAACCCAAGCCAGUCAGUCUGAGAGACAGAGAGAGCGGCUGUGAUUGGCUUUUCCUUCGUAUCAUUGUCGCCAACCACACUCACUCCUCAUCUGAAUCCAAUCUCUCUCUCUCUCUCUCUCUCUCUCUCUCUCUCUUUCUGUCAGCCACACCUCUCUUCCUCUUCACUCAUUAACAGAGUUGAUUGGACCGUCUUGGACUCUUGAUUACUUCCAAAGACCUUUUCUUUUCAGGUGUCAUCACAUAUUUUUCCAAUGGCGGAUGUAGCCAAAGAUCUAGCCUCUGGGACUGUUGGUGGGGUAGCGCAGUUAGUAGUUGGGCAUCCAUUUGAUACCAUCAAGGUUAAACUCCAAAGCCAGCCUGCUCCAGUCCCUGGACAACCUCCUAAGUUCUCAGGUGCUAUGGAUGCUGUCAGGCAGACAUUAGCUGCUGAAGGCCCAAGGGGUCUCUACAAAGGCAUGGGAGCUCCACUUGCCACUGUUGCUGUUUUCAAUGCUGUCCUCUUCACAGUUAGAGGGCAAAUGGAGACUCUUUUGAGAUCUGAACCUGGUGUGCCCCUUACAGUUGGCCAACAGAUUGUUGCUGGGGCUGGGGCUGGAGUAGCCGUGUCCUUCCUAGCAUGCCCCACUGAGUUGAUCAAGUGCAGAUUGCAAGCGCAGAGUGCAAUGGGGAAUACUGGUGCUGUUGCUGUUGCAGUGAAGUAUGGAGGGCCAAUGGAUGUGGCAAAGCAAGUACUUAGAUCAGAAGGGGGUGCAAGGGGUCUCUUCAAGGGCUUGGUUCCCACAAUGGCACGUGAAAUACCUGGAAAUGCUGCAAUGUUUGGGGUCUAUGAAGCAAUCAAGCAGUUUCUUGCUGGAGGUCAGGAUACUUCUGGGCUGGGAAGAGGCUCUUUAAUGGCGGCUGGAGGUUUGGCUGGAGCAGCCUUCUGGGGCGCUGUGUACCCUACUGAUGUUGUCAAGAGUGUAAUUCAGGUAGAUGAUUACAAAAAUCCCAAAUUUUCUGGUUCAAUUGAUGCAUUUAGAAAGAUCCUGGCCUCAGAAGGAGCCGCAGGCCUCUAUAAGGGAUUUGGACCAGCUAUGUCAAGAAGUGUUCCAGCUAAUGCAGCAUGUUUCUUGGCAUAUGAGGUCACAAGGUCAAGUUUGGGAUGACAGAUUACUUCGGUACUAGUUGUUGGAUGUGGAUUACAGUGAAAUUUAACAAUUCUCUUUAUUUUCUCGUGCAGAAGCCAUUUUUCUGUACAUUGAAUUUAUGAUUUGGUACCUAGGGUCCUCCAUACUUUGUAAUAACGUAUAGUUAUCUUG